AUUUCUAUUUGUUGAGCAUUUGGGGAUUCACACACUCCUUACUGUUCAGCUGGAAGGAACCUCCCGGGAGCUUGCAGAGCCCAGUUCCCUGGAGAACAGAUCCUGGGCUUGGAGGGAAUGAAUGCUGGAGCUUGAACCUCCCCCUGCCCUGGGUGUUACAAUCAGGGCCUCUGCAAAGCCAAAGUUUGUCAUCCUGCUGUCCUGCAGAACAAGAUGGGGAUCAUGGCUGUCCUGAUGCUGCCCCUGCUGCUGCUGGGGAUCAGCGGCCUGCUCUUCAUUUAUCAGGAAGCAUCCAGGCUGUGGUCCAAGUCUGCGGUGCAGAACAAAGUGGUGGUCAUCACCGAUGCCAUCUCAGGACUGGGAAAGGAGUGCGCUCGAGUGUUCCAUGCAGGUGGGGCGAGACUGGUGCUGUGCGGAAAGAACUGGGAGGGGCUGGAGAGCCUCUACGCUACCUUGACCAGUGUGGCUGACCCCAGCAAGCAGACAUUCACCCCAAAGCUGGUCCUCUUGGAUCUCUCAGACAUCAGCUGUGUUCAAGAUGUGGCCAAAGAGGUCCUGGACUGCUAUGGCUGUGUGGACAUCCUCAUCAACAAUGCCAGUGUGAAAGUGAAGGGGCCUGCCCAUAAGAUUUCCCUGGAGCUUGACAAAAAGAUCAUGGAUGCCAACUACUUUGGACCCAUCACCUUCACCAAAGUUAUACUUCCCAACAUGAUCUCCAGGAGGACAGGCCAGAUUGUGCUAGUGAACAACAUCCAAGCAAAGUUUGGGAUCCCGUUCCGCACAGCUUAUGCAGCCUCCAAGCAUGCCAUCAUGGGUUUCUUUGACUGCCUGAGAGCCGAGGUUGAGGAGUACGAUGUUGUGGUCAGCACCGUGAGCCCGACUUUCAUCCGCUCCUACCAUGUUUAUCCUGAGCAAAGAAACUGGGAGUCAUCCAUUUGUAAAUUCUUUUGCAGGAAGCUGACCUAUGGCGUGCACCCGGCGGAGGUGGCUGAGGAAGUAAUGCGCACGGUGCGGAGGAAGAAGCAAGAGGUGUUCAUGGCCAACCCGAUCCCCAAGGCCGCCGUGUUCAUCCGAACCUUCUUCCCCGAGUUCUUCUUCGCUGUGGUGGCCUGUGGGGUGAAGGAGAGGCUCAAUGUCCCAGAAGAGGGUUAACCGUGAGAGUGCCCGGAAGGGCCGCUGAAGGAGAAUAAAGGCUUUCCUAGUUA